AUGACGGCUGUUCAGAUUCCUCCAUUCCACGUGCAGCUGUGGAACGAAGAGAACGGAUGGCGGGAUGAGAGCGUUAGCGCCGAUGGGCUCUCUUUGGAGACCCCGUUCGCUAUCCCGACUGGCAUACCUUCCAGUACGCAGGUCUUUGUUAUAACGGUCGAUGCGAAGAAGGUUUGGGCAUGCCAAGAAACCCGUCAAGUGAUCCAGCAUGCGCUUCGCCUGCCCGACAUAUGCUGGGCGAAUUAUUUGGCCAAUGCAAAUGGCUACUUUGGCUGCGACGCCACCGACACAGAGGGGGAAAUCGACGGGUUCAAUACAUGGGCUUUUUUUGAAGUCAAGCAUCUCUUGGACAAGGCUGGCCCAAAUGGCAAAGACUAUCGUUGGUUCAAGAUUGGCAUUUUCUCGCGAUGGCUGCCGUCAACUCACCAGACUGGCAUCCUGCUUCUCAGCUCCGACGAGCAUAUGUCGUCUUUUUCGUUCAAGCCAAGUCCCGGGAACCUCAUAGAUCCGUUUUGGCUAUAUCCUUGUAUACUGGGUGAUAUCGCCCGUCUCCAAGAAACUGCCAUCUGGAACAUCAGAAACGAAGUACGCAAGAUCGAAACCAAGCGCCAAUUAUCUGGAGAGAGUCCCCAGCCGCACUACGAAAGAUUGCAUGAGAUCGCGCGACAUGCCAUUCACGUCUCGGAAUCGAUCGAUGUUACCGUGCGGAAUCUCCAGGAAAUUGUCUCACAGCACCAAAUGUAUACCAGCCAGUGGAACAUGCAUCCGGACCGAUUCGUCCCCCCGAGUCUGCGCGAAGCGCCGGAGAAUCGGGAGAUGCAGAAAUCACUCAUCAUCUACCGCAGUCUCAAUCGCCGGCUCCAGUUCUUCCUAAGCCACAUCGAGAGUAUAGGCCACCGCGCCAAGGCGAAUGAGAAGCGGCUCCAGAACGAGAUCCAACUGGCAUUUAACCUGAUAUCUCAGCGCGAUACCGCUGCAACGGUCCAGAUUGGCGAAGCCGCGCAGCGAGACAGCGCAACAAUGAAGACUCUAUCAUUUAUCACGCUUAUUUUCCUACCACCAACAUUUAUAUCGACCAUCUUCGGGAUGCAGUUUUUUAAUUAUGAUAGUACGGAAGGUUUUGUCCUCACGAGCGAUUUUUGGAUAUACUGGGCAAUCGCUAUUCCUAUCACGAUGCUGACGGGUCUUGUGUGGCUCUUCUGGUCUAAGAUUUUUCCGCAUGAUAGCCGCACCACUUUUGAACGCAUCCGGCACCCCAGGCAUCGCCAUGAUGAGAACUUGAAGGAAGGGCUUGAGCUUGAAGUUCGGCACAGUGAUGGCUCUCCUGUAUGA